UACGCCCGGCGAGGAAAGGCGGCACGGACGCAAGCACGCACGCACGCACGGUUUUCCCUCCUCGCGCCGCCUCCCGAGCAACCACUUACACCCGCAGCGCCGUCCGCCACGCAGAGAUGCUGCGGGCCUGUCAGUUAUCCGGCGUGACCUCCACCGCCCAGAGCUGUCUCUGUGGGAAGUUUGUCUUCCGUCCGCUGCGACCAUGCCGUAGAUACUCCACUCCAGGCGGUUCUCGGUUGUCUCCUGGCAAAAUUGCUGGAGCUGGCAUUUUGUUUGUUGGUGGAGGUGUUGGUGGCACUAUCCUGUACGCCAAAUGGGAUUCCCAUUUCCGGAAAAACGUAGAGAAAACCAUACCUUACUCAGACAAACUCUUUGAGAUGGUUCUUGGUUCCCCACCUUAUACUGUUCCAUCGCCAAAGAAGCCGAUUCAGUCAGGUCCACUAAAAAUCUCUAGUGUGUCAGAGGUAAUGAAAGAAUCUAAACAGCCUGCCUCACAACUCCAGAAACAGAAGGGAGACACUGCAGCUUCAGCAGCAGCACCUACAGAGGCAGCUCACAUUAUUUCUGCAGCAGGUGAUACCCUGUCGGUCCCAGCCCCUGUGCUUCAGCUUGAGGAAUCUAUAAAAACUGAUCAUCCUGAAAUUGGUGAAGGAAAAUCCAAGCCUGCAACUUCAGAGGAAGCAUCCUCAACUUCUGUAAGGGAGCGGCCACCUGAAGAAGUUGCAGCUCGACUUGCGCAGCAGGAAAAGCGGGAACAAGUUAAGAUUGAGUCUCUAGCCAAGAGCUUAGAAGAUGCUCUGAGCCAAACUGCUUCCAUCACUCAGCAGGCCAUUGUGGCCCAGAAUGCUGCGGUCCAGGCUGUCACUGCCCAUGCCAGCAUCCUGAAAGCAGCCAUGGACGAUUCGGAGAUUGCAGGGGAGAAGAAGUCAGCUCAGUGGCGCACGGUGGAGGGCGCGCUGAAGGAACGCAGGAAGGCGGUGGACGAGGCUGCCGAUGCGCUUCUCAAAGCCAAAGAAGAAUUAGAGAAGAUGAAAAGUGUAAUUGAAAAUGCAAAGAAGGAAGAGGUUGCUGGGGCCAAAUCUCAUAUAACUGCUGCAGAGGGGAAGCUUCACAACAUGAUAAUUGAUCUGGAUAACGUGGUCCAAAAGGUUCAGGCAGCUCAGUCUGAGGCCAAGGUUGUGACUCAGUAUCACGAGCUAGUGGCCCAGGCCCGGGAUGACUUCAAACGAGAGCUGGACAGUAUCACUCCGGAAGUGCUGCCAGGGUGGAAAGGGAUGAGUGUUUCUGACCUAGCUGACAAGCUGUCGGCCGAUGACCUAAACUCCCUGAUUGCUCACGCGCAUCGCCGCAUUGACCAGCUGAACAGAGCGCUGGCCGAGCAGAAAGCCACCGAGAAGCAGCACAUCGCCUUGGCCUUGGAGAAGCAGAAGCUGGAGGAAAAGCGGGCAUUUGACUCUGCAGUGGCAAAAGCAUUGGAACGUCACAGAAGUGAGAUACAGGCUGAACAGGACAGAAAGGUGGAGGAAGUCAGAGACGCCAUGGAGAAUGAAAUGAGAACCCAGCUUCGCCGACAGGCUGCUGCCCACACCGAUCACUUACGAGAUGUCCUUAGGGUCCAAGAACAGGAACUGAAGUAUGAAUUUGAGCAGGACCUGUCUGAGAAACUCUCUGAACAAGAAUUACAGUUUCGUCGGCUCAGCCAAGAGCAAGUUGACAACUUCACUCUGGACAUAAACACUGCCUAUGCCAGACUCAGAGGAAUCGAGCAGGCUGUUCAGAGUCACGCGGCCGCUGAGGAGGCGGCCAGGAGGGCCCACCAGCUGUGGCUGUCGGUGGAGGCGCUGAAGUACAGCAUGAAGACGGCGUCCGCGGAGCUGCCCACCAUUCCCCUGGGUGGCGCGGUCGAGGCCAUCAGAGCCAGCUGCUCCGACAGUGAAUUUGCCCAGGCUCUGACCGCGGCCCUCCCCCCGGAGUCCCUGACCCGGGGGGUGUACAGUGAAGAGACCCUUCGAGUCCGUUUCUAUGCCAUCCAGAAGCUGGCCCGAAGGGUAGCCAUGAUCGAUGAAACCCGAAAUAGCUUGUACCAGUACCUCCUCUCCUACUUACAGUCCCUGCUCCUGUUCCCACCUCAGCAGCUGAAGCCACCAGCAGAGCUCUGCCCCGAGGAUACAGACACAUUUAAAUUAUUGUCCUAUGCCUCCUACUGCAUUGAGCAUGGCGACCUGGAGCUGGCAGCCAAGUUUGUCAAUCAGCUGAAAGGGGAGUCCAGACGAGUGGCGCAGGACUGGCUGAAGGAAGCCCGAAUGACCCUAGAGACGAAGCAGAUAGUGGAGAUCCUGACGGCGUACGCCAGCGCCGUGGGCAUAGGAACCACUCAGGUGCAGCAGGAGUGAGGUCUGGGAGGGGUCUUGUGAGUCCCGUUUCAUGUUGGAGGAAGUCGGCAGUGACACGUGAAGGGUCUGCGACAGGGUCUCAGAGUUGUCCAGCCACGAGCAGGCUGCAGUGCUGUCCUGAGUGUUAGCACCUGCUGCGUUUAUGUUAUUUCCUCUUGCUAUCAUGUCAGUCGCCUCUGGGAGCACUUCAUUUGCAACUUGUGUAACAUUUUGUUUUUCAGGUUUUACUGAUCAGGCUUGUGAGCCAAUCAAAAUAAUGUUUGUGAUCGCUAUUAUUAUUGAUUUUGCCCUUGGAGCAAACUGAAUAAAACAAAGAUGAGAACGGA